AAAGUCUGUUAUGUGGAACGAUGUAUAUUGUACAGCUGUCUUAAUUUGUUUUAUCCUGUCAACGUCUCGAGUACAUGUUGACUGUGCGUAUUUCAAUAAUAAUUUAUACAAACACAAGAGAUGUCGGAGCCAAUAAGAGUUUUGUUGACAGGUGCAGCUGGGCAAAUAGGAUAUUCACUCGCCGGGAUGGUUGCUCGUGGUGAUAUGUUCGGACCUGAUCAAGAAGUUAUCUUACAUCUGUUCGAUCUUGAACAAAUGGUGGAAUCUCUUAAAGGACUUGAAAUGGAACUUCAGGAUUGUGGAUUUCGACUGUUAAGGGGUGUGGUUGUGACGCAUUUACCAGAAGUGGCAUUCAAUCAAAUUGAUGCUGCUCUUAUGGUUGGGGCUAUGCCUAGGAGAGAAGGAAUGGAGCGUAAAGAUUUGCUAAAUGCUAACGUGAAAAUUUUCAAGGAGCAAGGACAGGCUCUGGACAAGUAUGCCAAAAAGACUGUCAAAGUGGUUGUUGUGGGUAAUCCUGCUAACACAAAUGCACUCGCACUGAUGAAGAACGCUCCUUCUAUUCCUAAAGAAAACUUUAGUGCGCUCACAAGACUUGACCACAAUCGUGCUCAGUCAUUUAUAGCCAAACGUUUGGGAGUUUCAUGCGAUUCUGUAAAAAAUUGUAUUAUAUGGGGCAACCACAGCAAUACGCAGUUUGUCGAUGUGAGUCAUGCUGUUGUAAAGCAAGAUGGGAAGGAGAUUCCUGUCGCUACCGCAAUUAAUGAUGAUAACUGGAUAAAGAAUGAGUUCUUAAGCGCUAUCCAGAAGCGUGGGGCUGCUGUCAUAGCAGCCAGGAAACUAAGUAGUGCACUGUCUGCUGCUAAGUCUGUUUCAGACCAUAUGCACGACUGGUGGCUUGGAACAAAGGAGGGCGAGUGGGUAUCGAUGUCUGUAAUCAGUGAUGGUUCUUAUGAUGCUCCAAAAGAUGUGAUAUUUAGUUUUCCUGUCCAAAUCAAGAAUGGUAAAUGGACCAUCGUCCAGGGUUUAAAACUUGAUGAGUGGGCUAAAGGCAAGUUCGCCAUAACAGCAGAAGAGCUCAAGGAGGAACGCAUCGCGGCAGGGCUUGAUUAAUGACUUCCUAACUGUUGUUACUGUCAGUAUUCUGACAACUAUAGUAGCUACUUUUUGUAGUUCUUUUUAUUGAUCUUACAUUUGCUAAAAUUAUGAUAAUUUUUGCAUUUCA